AACCCCCAGUCAGCCGAAACCACGAGUUUACAGCCGUUACUGCCCUGUCUGUCUGAGGUUAAAUCAGAGCAACUUUAUAAGUUGUAUACUUAUAGGUCUCAUAAGACAAUAUUAUGUCUUAUAUUGUAGUUAGUUUGUUUUAUUACAGUUUACUUAUAAAAGCGCGUCACGUAACAUUGCGCCCACAAAGAUUAAUUUUCUCUCAAAUGAUUUGGAUGGUGAAUGUUGAACCGCGAAGAGCCGAAGGAUUUUAAUAUUAGGAAUAUUAGGAGAAUAAGCUUAUAAUACCAGGGGAAUUAUGUCGUAUUAUUAGGGGAUUAAAGUAAUAAUUUUACGAAUAUUAUUAACUUCACAAUAAUAAAGUUUUCAAAUAACAAGAAUAAAGUCGUAACUUUACAAUAAACUUGUAAGGAGAAUAAAAUUGUAAUUUUAUUGUAAAAGUUACUGUAAAACCAGAAGUAACGAUGUCUUCUGUGGUUUUAUAUUAUGUAAAGCAGUGUGUGGUUUCUGACCUGCAAAAGGUGUGAAAUAAAUAAAGUCUACUUAUAAAUAAAGUUUAUUUAUAAAUACCGUUUAUUACUUAUGAUUUGGUAUCGUUACCUUUGAGCUGAAUAACUUAAGGUUCUGGGUUUCCUUCCAGAAGCUUCUCUCCAUAGUUUUCUGGAGUUCAGGUCCAUUCCUGACAGAACCAGCAGAAUUGGGUCGGGAUUGUAGUCUGACUGGAUGCGGAGGGACAUCUGGGCCCAUCUGGACCCGUUUGGCUGAUGUCUAUCCACAUUGUUCAUCAGUUCCUCCUGCACCAAAACAGUCCCGCAACAUGAUGCUGCCACCACCACAAGGUCUUUAGUUUUUGUUCCGGGGAUUUGGACCAGAACCCGUCCAUGACAUCAUCAUCUGGGCUUUCCCUCGUUACUUAAAGAGACACAGGUGAAUUCUCUGGAGGUCACACCUGACCGCAGCAUGAUAGCUGCUGCAGGCUAUCAGCACAUCCGCAUGUAUGACCUGAACUCCAACAAUCCGAACCCAGUCAUCAACUACGACGGCGUCAGCAAGAACAUCACGUCUGUGGGUUUCCAUGAGGACGGGCGCUGGAUGUACACUGGAGGAGAGGACUGCAUGGCUCGCAUCUGGGACCUCAGGUCCAGGAACCUGCAGUGCCAGAGGAUCUUCCAGGUCAACGCUCCCAUUAACUGUGUGUGUCUACAUCCCAACCAGGCUGAGCUGAUAGUGGGAGACCAGAGCGGCGUCAUUCACGUCUGGGACCUGAAAACGGAUCACAAUGAGCAGCUGAUUCCAGAACCUGAGGUUUCAGUCAACUCGGUCCACAUCGACCCAGACGCCAGCUACAUGGCUGCAGUCAACAGCUCGGUCAGUCAGGCUGCACAGAGUGGAAACUGCUAUGUGUGGAAUCUGGCUGGAGGAAUGGGAGACGAAGUCACCCAGCUGAUUCCCAAGACCAAGAUCCCAGCACACAAACGCUACUCCCUGCGCUGCAAGUUCAGCCCAGACUCCACACUGCUGGCCACCUGCUCAGCAGACCAGACCUGUAAAAUCUGGAGGACGUCAAAUUUCUCCCUCAUGACGGAGCUGAGCAUCAAGAGCAACAACCCUGGAGAGACCUCUAGAGGCUGGAUGUGGGACUGCGCUUUCUCUGGGGACUCCCAGUACAUCGUAACUGCGUCUUCAGACAACCUGGCCCGGCUGUGGUGCGUGGAGACGGGGGAGAUCAAGCGGGAGUACAGCGGCCACCAGAAGGCCGUCGUCUGCCUGGCCUUCAACGACAGCGUGCUCGGCUGAGGAAGACCAGGAGGAAGACCAGGAGGAAGACCAGGAGGAAGACAAAGACGCCAGCAAGCCGGUUCCUCACAGUGGAGGAGAGUUAAAAGUUUCCCUGCAGCAUCAUGGCCGCCUCAGGCUUUGCAAGACAGAUUUUAUCAGGCAGGAGGAGGAGAAGCAGAAGGUAAACCUCACAUUUCAACACGUUUCUGUAUUUAUUCACCACAACUGGACAUUCAGCUGAGCUCCAGAAGGGCUCACAUUGUGUCACGUUGCAGCAAACCUCAGAGCUCCUUAUUGGGACUUUAAAUGAAAAAAUGCACAGAAUUAUUGUGAAGAGGAUGGAGAAAAAUAAAAAGUGAAUCACUUUCAUAUUCAGCCCAAAAUAAGCAAAAGUUUGUAGAAUUACCCAGGUUUUUUCUGUACGUCUCAUUUAAAGAAUUCAAGUUUUACACCUGCUAUAAUCUGAUACCAGGAGUGUCAGUAUGAAGAGGCUGAACACAAAUGCACACCACACUUUUCAGAUUUGUGUUUCACUUCAAAAUGAUGCGUUAAUUUGUUGCAUAAAAUCCCUUUAAAGUUCCUAAAAGUUUGUGGUUGUGAUGCUCUAUGUUCAGAUCUGUUUCUCUGUGCCUGGUGGGUCAACUGGGAAUAAACCAUGUACAAAUUAUUUAA